CAACGAAGCACGGUUAAAUUCUAAUUAUUUGUUGAAUUAGUCACAUAGCACAUAGCUUGCUAAAGAUGCCGCAAGAUAAGAGCUCAACAGCUUCACCGCCAUCGGCCUGGCUGCAAAUCCAGAGCAUAUUGAACAGCAUAAAUCAUAUACUGAUCUUUUUGGUAGCCGCAUUCUUCUUUGUGCUCGCUCGUAGCUUGGACUUUCAGGAUACGGCGAUGCAUAUGUUUAUGACGGGCAUUGGUUAUCAUGUGCUAAUUGCCCAGGCAUUGAUGUCGCACUACAAACUGAAUCCGUUGACACGUUGGAUAUCGCACAAGAACAAAUCCCGUUACCAUGGCGUGCUGCAGUUGGUCGGCGGCUCGAUGGUGUUGCUGGGUGCCUUGGGCAAGUUCUCGCAGAAGGACGUACACCUGGACACCUGGCAUGGGAGAUUUGGUGUGGCUGCUGCUUUUGGCUGUGCUGCUAGCGUUGUUGGUGGCUUGGUGAACUUUUUCCAACCCAACUUGGUGGUGAAGGUGAUGCCGCCCUCGGAGCUGCGCUAUCGUCACAAUUUCUAUGGGAUCCUCACCUUUACGCUGGGCAUGAGCGCCAUUUUUCUAGGCUACAGUUCGAGAUUUUUUACCCGCUUUGUGGAUAAUGAAUUCAUUCCAGCCAUGAUGUUGACCACCGUAUUGGUCUACUUGCUGACCAUUAUUGGACCCGUCACUUCGCUGCUAACAAAACUCAAAUACAGACGACAAAAACGCAAUUCCACGUAAAAAAAGUAGGGUAUCGUUUCAAAAAUGGUGGAGGUUUAGAGGCUACAAUAGACUGUCACCGAGUAGGGGUACAAUAAAAAAAAUGCAGAAGAAACUUUGUAAAGCGGAACGAAAAAGUAAUUUAAACCGUAAAUUUGCUGCGCUUGGCUGGAUGCCAAAAUAAAUACUCGUUGUCUGAAUA